AUGCUGGAGUCCAAAGCACGAGAUUUUGAAUCACUUGAGAGUCAAAACAGGAGAAAUGAACAAAAUCUCCUUGCCUGCGAACAACAAAUUGAAAACCUCCAGAAGAAAUUGCAGGAGAGGAACGAGGAAGUGAACAAGCUUGUCCAAUGUGAGAUGGAAGUUGAAAUUUUAAGAAAGGAAUUGGAGGACAGACAAAAGGAUCUGAGCAAGCUUGUCCAAUACGAAAGGGAGGUUGAACAAUCAAGGAAGGAACUAGAGGACAGGCGCAAGGAUGUGAACAAGCUUGUCUGUUGUGAGCAGGAACUUGAACAAUUGAGGAAGGAACUGGAGGAUAAAGAAAAAUAUAUAAACAAGCUUGUCCCAUAUGAAAUGGAAAUUGAAUGUCUCAGAAUGGAAUAUGAGGCAAAACAGGUGGCUCUGGUGGAAAUGGCUGGCCUCAUAGAAAGGGACGAGAAAGUUAUCUUUGACUUGCAGCGAAAAGUUGAAGAACUCGGAGGAGAAAUAGAAGACAGAAAUAAAGAAAGAGAUGGACUCCUGACUUCGGAGGCAAUGCUAGUUCAGAAUCUUGCCAAAUCUGAACUCUAUAUAAGUGAACUGAAAACUGAAGUCGAGAUGUUAAGGAGUCAAAAGGCAGAACUUGUCAACCAACUGGAAGAAAAUAUGAGCCAUCUUAAGAGUAAGCAGAGUCAGAUACUGGAUCUCGAGCAGAAGUUACUAAAGAUGGAGGGAUAUCAGGAGGAAAAAGACAAUCUCGAAAUAGUCAUAAAAGAGAAGGAUAAGGAAAUAGAGCAUUUCAAGCGAGAAAGAGAGGACAACUUGAAAGAAGCACAAGAUCUUCGUAUACUAAUCGCUCUGAGGGAAGAAAAUCUCCAGGAAUGCCAACAGGAAAAAGAACUUCUUCUAAAGGAAUUAGAAAAGAGCCAGAAGGACUUAGAGGAGCUUGUCUGUUGGAACUUGAGGAAAGAAGAAGAAGAGAUUGAGAAAAUGGCGGAACAGAUCCACCAAUUGGAGUUCAUGAGGUCUCAGUUCCAGGAAAUGGUGGAUGCCUACGAAAACAAGACCUCCGAGCAGGAAAUGGAGAUUACCUGCCUACGCAAGGAAGUUCAGCAGAAAAACAACUUGCUGGAGGAAGGCAUAGCCCAGCGGGACAAUCUAGAAAAAGUCAUAAAAGAGAAGGAAAAGGAAAUAGGGCAUUUCAAGCGAGAAAUAGAGGACAACAUGAAAGAAACACAAGAUCUUCAGAUACAAAUCGCUCUGAGGGACAAAGAUCUGCAGAAACGCGAUCAAGAUGUACAACUCCUUUUAGAGGAAUUAGAAAAUUGGCAGAAGGAAUCAGAGGAGCUUGUCCGUUGCAAAUUGAGGCAAGAAGAGUUCUAUGAGUCUCAGUUCCAGGAAAUGGAGGAUGCCUACGAAAAAAAGAUCUCCGAGCAGGAAAAGGAGAUUACCUGCCUAUGCAAGGAAGUUCAGCAGAAAAACAACUUGCUGGAGGAAGGCAUAGCCCAGCGGGACAAUCUCAACAAGAAGCUGGAAUGCGUCGAGAUGGAUAAUAGCCAUCUGAAACAGCUGGCUGCUGAGGCUGAGGAACGACAGAUAGCUGCAGAAGGAGCACUCAAGGAGCUGUCCAUCAAUAUUCAGAGGGUUGAGAAACUAGUUACUGAUAAACAGAGAGAAGUUGAUGAACUUCGAAGCAAAUUAGAAGAGAAAAACACUGAAGACGACAAGCUUGUUCAGUGUAAGGAGGAAGUAGAAGUUCUUAGGAAAGAACUAAAGAAGAAGGACUUGGAAAUCAGAAAGGGUAAGGAAGAGGCAAAACAACAUGACAAACAAAUGGGGAGAGUGGGAGCUCGCCUCCAGGAAAUGGUGGCUGCCUUCAACAAGAUCACCUAG